AUGCUGCAACUGCCAACAACCAACCCAGAGGCUGCUGCAUUCCUGGAAUCGGGCGGAUUUGUUGUCCAGAGAUCUGAAAACCCCUUUGCUCAAGUAGCCUCAGAUCUGGCCAUUGAGCAGACCAUCAAUCGCUCGUCAAAAACAACAGGUGGUAUCAUCGGCAUCAGCUUGAACCCAUCUGCUGUACAACGCUGGGUCAUGACGGCGCAUGAUCGUGCACGAUUUGCAGAUUCCUGUCUCCAGCUCUGUGGACUUGACGACUGCUCCCGUGAGGCUGAUGUGCUGCACAAAGAGUGUCAUCUGCCACGCAUGUCCAGAGAUGAGGAUGAUGUGCCACGCAUGUCCAGAGAUGAGGAUGAUGUGCCACGCAUGUCCAGAGAUGAGGAUGAUGUGCCACGCAUGUCCAGAUAUGAGGAUGAUGUGCCACGCAUGUCCAGAGAUGAGGAUGAUGUGCCACGCAUGUCCAGAGAUGAGGAUGAUGUGCCACGCAUGUCAAGAGAUGAGGAUGAUGUGCCACGCAUGUCCAGAGAUGAGGAUGAUGUGCCACGCAUGUCAAGAGAUGAGGAUGAUGUGCCACGCAUGUCCAGAGAUGAGGAUGAUGUGCAAUGUGUGGAGGCAACGAUAUGUGGCUGGGUCAACCCCUUUGGUGACGAACCGCUGGAUAGGGAUUCUGCCGACUUGGUCAACCUCUCGUCUGGUUUGAUGUGCUCCGAGCAGACCACGAAGGACUUGCUUGAAGCAGAACAGCAGGGAAAGGAAGCAUUUCAAAGAUUCAUCAAGAAUCGCGUUGUCGACCAGUGUGACAAGUUCCACGACCCCAUCCAGAAGCUGAAGCUAAGCACGUUUGCCGUCCGCAAGGAGCGUACCACCACCCGUAGUGCGUUGAAGGUAGCAGUGCUCAAGGCGGAUUGUGCCCUGUUCAGUAAGAUGGCUGUUAUUGCCCAGCAGCGUCAUCUUGACAUUCGUGAGGUUCUUGCAUAUCCGCUUUCAGCUGCGCCCUUGUCGCUAUGCACUGCAGAAGGCACCAGGGUGAAAACAAACAAGGCUGCACUGUUGCAGCUCCUCAGCAAGACGGAUUGUACCAGCCAUGAGCCAGCACCUCCAUCUUCGGCUGCGUUAAUCGUCGAUGCCAUGGCUCUGCUACGGACCCUGAAGCCGACUUCCUUGCCAGGUACGCUCGGAGAACUGGCAAAGCAUGUGUUUAUGUGCCUCUCGAGGAAUUUCCCGCAGUUUCGGCGAAUCGACUUUGUAGCUGAUACGUAUCCAGAAUACUCCAUCAAAGAUGUUGAGCGAAGUCGACGAGCGCAAUCGCAUGGUGAGAUCCGGCUAAGAAUCUCAAGUGGACAGCAGCACACGCCGAAGCAAUGGGCUAAGUUCUUGUCAAGUGGCAGCAGCAAGACUGAGCUUGUUAGCUUCCUUGUUACGGAAUGGUCCACCGAUGCCUACGCCAGCCACCUGAAAGCUAGACAGCUGUACGCAACAGACGGUAUCAGCUGCGUCAAGCUAGUGUCGCCUGAUGGCCUCACCACCACAGCAACAGAGUGCUUACGGCUGAACUGCUCACAUGAAGAGGCAGACACUCGGCUUCUGCUGCACGCUCGUGAUGCUUUUGCAGAAGGCUAUACUUCGGUCACGAUCAAGUCGCCGGACACGGACGUAGCGGUUCUGGGUUGCGGACUGAGCCACCGCUUUCCUGACAGUAUGAAGCUCCUGUUUCUGCCUGGUUCUAGGAGCAAAGUCCUGCUCCUGAAUCUCUCAAAGAUUGGCUCUGCGCUAGGCACUUCCGUGUGUGACGCACUGAUCGGCAUGCAUGCCUUUACCGGGUGCGAUACGGUCAGUGCGUUCCACGGAAAGGGCAAGACCAGCGCUUAUCAGCUCCUGACCAGUGAUGGAAGCAAGGGAGACCUGGCACGAAGUUCAAUGGCCGAACUUGGCAAAGCCUUCAACCCGCUGUCAGCAGGCGCCAUGGCAGAAAUCGAGCGGUUUGUCUGCAUGCUGUAUGGCUGGUCAAACCAGUCAAGCGUUAACAGCUUACGGUACGAGUUGUUUUGCUUGCUGGAUAACGCCAAGGAUUCGAGCAGACUGCCCCCAUGCCACGAUGCUCUGCGUAAACACGCAGCAAGGGCCAACUUCCAGGCGGCUGUUUGGUGACGUGCUCUAGAAGCCCAGCCCCCUGUCCCUGAAGCGUACGCUGGAAGCCAUGGUUGGCAGCUGUCCAAUGGCCAGCUGCGCAUUGAUUGACUCUCGGUAGCUGCAGCACCACAAGCAAUCUUGGAAUUUGUGAAGUGUUCCUGCAAGACCGGCUGCCAAGGUAAUAGAUGCUCAUGCCCCAGCCAAUCCCUUCCCUGCACGGAUGUUUGUGGAUGCAGUAGCGAGUGUAGCAACCGCGAGGAGUCAGGUCAUCCCAUAAUUCAAGAAGAUGACCACACUGUCCAGUAGCCGUUGGAUUACUACACAUGCCUGGUCCAAGAUCUCCAUCACCACAGCUGUCAUCGUGUUGGAGCAUUGGUGUAACAUUUCUAUCUGUUUAA